AUUAUAUUAGUAAAAAUAAACAAGACCAUAUGCUCUUAAUUUGCAUGACUAUGGUCUACAUGUUGGAUAUUUAAACGGGAACAUUGUCCACUUGUCGCCAGUCGCCAGUCGCCAGUCGCCGGUGAUUGCCUAACCGUAGGAGCGAAGCCAGGAGAAGCCAUGCUCGAGAGAGAAGUGGUUCGAUUUCAAUUUAGGUCAUCUAUAUGUCUCACUCUGAUUCCACUUCUCACUUAUCUUUAUCUACCAGCCACCAUUUUUGCUUCAAAAUGCUCUAUUAAUGGGUUUCAACUUGUGAAGAAUAUAAGUGAGCUUCCACAAAGUAAUUAUGGUCGAGAAGGCCUCUCUCACAUCACUGUUGCUGGGUCUCUCAUCCAUGGUACGAAAGAGAUUGAGGUGUGGCUACAAUCGUUUGCUCCUGCAUCACACACACCAAUUCACAGGCACUCAAGCGAAGAAGUUUUUGUUGUUCUGAAGGGAAGUGGUACACUUUAUCUUGCUUCAGACUCAGACUCACACGGAAGGUAUCCUGGCCACCCCAAAGCAUUUCCCAUCUUCGCAAACAGCACCUUUGUUGUUCCUGUUAACGAAGUUCACCAGGUCUGGAACUCGAACAACAAUGAAGAUCUGCAAGUUCUGGUUAUUAUAUCACGUCCUCCUAUAAAAGUGUUCAUAUAUGAAGACUGGCUUAUGCCUCAUACUGCUGCUAAACUCAAGUAUCCAUACUAUUGGGAUGAACAAUGUUUUGAUUCUCCUGAAAAAGAUGAGCUCUAAGACAUGGUCACUCGGAACUUUUCGCCCGUCUUUCUCUCAUGACUUGUAAAGUGCAGCACCUAAGCAAAGAGCUGCAGUAAGGUAUUUCUUCUGGAACUUGUAUCACUCUUAAAAUCAUGUAUUGAUAGUUUUGUAAAGAACUUAUGUUUUAGUCUUUUUAAAUUUAGAAGGAUUUUGAUCAUGUAAAAUUAAGAACUUAUUUAUUCUACAUUUAAAAUUAAAUUACCAGUGAAAUUAACAAUACAACCAACAUAAUGCUUCUACAAGAAAAUAUCAAGCUGUACUACAAUGCUACUCCCAAGAACAAUAUCAAACAAUACUACAAUGUUUUUAUACAUUGUAAUAGAUCAUGUAUGCUAACCCAUCAUAUUGAAUCACAAGGAAUCCAAUCUAAAAUGAUACCAAAAAUCUAAAAAAGAAAACCAAAUGAAAUUAGUAAUGAGUAAGAUUUUAGCCAUAAAAGUCAGGAUCUUCAGGCUUGAACAUCUUAGGCAUCAUAAGAUCUUGAGAUGAAGUAUCAACAAUUUUAAUCUUCUGAUUAACCCCUCUUUUAGUAUUUGCAGCAAAUUUAGAAGCUAAAAUAGUAGCUGUUAGUGGUUGUUGCU